AGAAAAGCAAAUUUGUUCGAAAAUUGAAAACAAUUAAGAAAAUAUUUUAAUUCAACUGUCAUGGUUUUCAUACAAUUUUAGUAAUCUGUGAAUGUAAACAAUAUGAAGAAAACAAUCUUUAUAUCCUAACUAUGUACUAGCAUAUGAUCAUAAAGACAUUUAUUCAUGUCUACAUACCUAUGUACAUAUAUUGAAAACUAAAAACUUGAUCUCAAUCUGAGUCGCCGGCUAUAAUUGUUUAAUUAUAUCUCUAUGUGCAUAACAUGUGUAAAUCAUCGAUAAUAUUGAAAUAAAAUGAAAUUUAACAAAAGAAAAAUACAUGUAAACGCUACAUAAGGAUUAUUCUAUAAAUAACACACAAUUUGGUAUACAAAAAAAAACUAAAAUGGAAGAUGGAAAUCAGUGCCGUGUUCAGGAAUCGAAUUUAAUCGAAAAUGAAAAUAUACAUAAGACAAAUCCAUGUACAAAUCCAAAUGUAUUUAAUUAUCAUUCACCAGCAAUGUUAAAUCAUCCAGAUAUGAUUGUCAAUCACCCGGAUACGAUUGCCAAUCAUCCGGAUGCAGUUCCCACUCAUCCGCAUACGAUUCCCACUCAUCCGGAUGCAAUUACCACUCAUCCGCAUACGAUUCCCACUCAUCCGCAUACGAUGCCCAAUCAUACGGAUACGAUUGUCAAUCAUCCGCAUACGAUGCCCAAUCCUACGGAUACGAUUGCCAAUCAUCCGCAUGCGAUGCCCAAUCAUACGGACUCGAUUGCCAAUCAUCCGCAUACGAUGCCCAAUCAUACGGAUACGAUUCAGAAUCAUCCAGAGAGCAUUGCCAAUCAUCCAGAAAGGAUUGUCAAUCAUUUGGAGUUGAUUGCCAAUCAAACAGAAUUGAUGGCGAAUCGUUCGGAUAUGAUGACGAAUCAUUCCGAGUUGAUUGCCAAUCAUUCGGCCUUAGAUACUGGAGGAAGUAGCAAUCAAUGCACCAUGACGCCCACUGUAUUACACCCCUACCCUCCAAUGGAUAGUAUGACUGAACCAACGACAAACUCACUUGUGCCUCCGCAGGGCCAAAAAAGGAAGAAUACACAUGGAAAGGAUGAAAGUACGAGCACUAAGAAGGGCAUGUUGUCGGCCGCUGCAGAGGAGAAGAAGAAUAAUCACCUGAGGAAAAAUAUUCGAGAUGUUAUGAACGAAAACAAUUUGGAUACAACAACACUUGCGGCUCAACGAGAGGAAUCGGAGAGAUUAGCUCGGGUUGCUGAUCAGCAAAAAUCAAUGCGAGAAAUAAGAAAACAUGUUGUCCAACAGAAUUUCUUUCGCAUUUUGAACUUGGAAGAUUCGGAUGAGGUCAAAUGCGAGUCUCUGUCAACACCAAUUGAUAAUUCAAUUGUAUUGCCCGAUGAUGAUUUGGCAUCCGUAACAUGUGAUGAGACCAGCAGUAGCUUAAGUUGCAGCAUGGAUGAUGAGGUUCUUGAUAAGGACACCAGCACCGAACCAGCAUCGAAUGAGGUAGUUACCAUCGAUGACAGUUCGGAUGAUGAUUGCAUAUUGCUGUCGGAGGAGGAAGAGGAGGAGGAUUACAAUGAAAGUGACGAUGCUACAAAUAGUGGCAUGCAUGUCAAAGAUCUGUAUAAUAUCCCUGAUGAGCAUGGACGUGUUGUUGUUAAUAUUGCACAUCCUGAAGGAGAAGAGACAUUGUAUUUGGCUCCACAGAUUGCCAAAGUCAUAAAACCCCAUCAAAUUGGCGGAGUGCGAUUUUUAUAUGACAACAUUAUUGAAUCAACACGAAGAUUUCAAAAAUCAAGCGGCUUCGGAUGCAUACUCGCUCAUUCCAUGGGGUUAGGCAAAACAUUACAAGUUGUUUCCUUCUGUGAUAUAUUUUUAAGACACACAUCAGCAAAGACGGUUUUAUGCGUAAUGCCAAUUAAUACAUUACAAAAUUGGUUGAGUGAAUUUAAUAUGUGGGUUCCCCGACAUUCUGAAGAUAACAAUAUUCGACCUCGGAAUUUCGAUAUAUUCGUUCUAAACGAUCAACAAAAGAACCUAACGGCUCGCGCAAAGGUUAUAUUAAAUUGGGUGCACCAAGGAGGUGUUCUUCUAAUCGGAUAUGAACUCUUUCGCUUGCUCGCCCUUAAAUUGGUAACAACACGCAAGAAAAAGGGCAAAAAUCAGAAUGAUCUGCAUGAUUCUAGUAAGGAUCUUAUGAAUAUGGCCUUUGAAGCUUUGGUGAAACCAGGACCCGACUUGGUCAUUUGUGACGAAGGACAUCGAAUUAAAAACUCUCAUGCUGGCAUUUCGCUUGCCUUAAAACAAAUACGAACUCGUCGCCGUAUAGUUCUAACCGGAUAUCCUCUACAAAAUAAUUUAUUAGAAUAUUGGUGUAUGGUGGAUUUUGUACGUCCCAAUUAUUUGGGCACACGAACGGAGUUCUGCAACAUGUUCGAAAGACCCAUCCAAAAUGGACAGUGUGUCGACUCCACGCCCGAUGAUAUCAAGUUGAUGAGAUACAGAGCACAUGUCCUCCAUUCCUUGCUAUUGGGCUUUGUUCAACGACGUUCGCACACUGUACUGCAAAGCACUUUGCCCCAAAAGUUAGAAUACGUUAUACUUGUGCGAAUGACACCAUUUCAACGAAAGCUUUACGAUACCUUUAUGACCGACGUUGUGCGAAAAAAGGCAUUUCCUAAUCCAUUAAAAGCUUUUGCAGUCUGUUGUAAAAUUUGGAAUCAUCCCGAUGUUUUAUACAACUUUCUAAAAAAAUGUGAGACUGAUUUAGAUUUAGAAAUUGAUGACGAAUCUUCAAAAACCACCACAAGUUCAGUGGUCGAUCCAAGCCAUUGUGUUACCAGUAGUGUGGCACCAAUAAUCCCUCAGCAAACUAACAUUCAGAACAAUGAACCCAAUCUUAACUUAAACGAACAGUCAAAACAGUCUUCAAGUGGUGCAGGUUUUAAUAAUUCUGCUAAUUCCGAGUUAAAUAAGAACUUCGCUAAUAAAAGUUACUGUACGGAUAAGGAGGAUCAACUAAAUUAUAAUAGCUACAGCACUGAGACAAAAGGCAAUUAUUGGCUGGACUCUACGAUGCUUUCCAAACCAAGUUAUGUGGAAGCUAUAAAACCAACUGAUUCGACUAUGGCAAAAGAUUUUGAAACUAUAACUGGCUCUUCCGAAAUCGUUGACUUGGAUACAAAUGAAAUAAAAACAGUUGAAAGAAAUACUCUGCCAAUUCCGAUGAGUCAACAAAACAUUUUGAUGAAUUCAAGCGAGAACAAUAUUUCAAACAUGAAGAGCCUUAACAGUAUUAACAAUGACUCAAUUAAAAAAGUAAUUAAGUCCAAAAGAAAUGAUGAAUUUUCAUGUUCCUGGGCUCUUGACAUCAUGAAAAACUACGUACCCGACCAAAUAUCAAGUUCACCAAAAAUGGAAAUAUUCUUUUGCAUUAUGAAAGAGAGUAUUUUUAUGGGCGAUCGAAUAUUGUUAUUUAGUCAAAGUCUGCUAACAUUAAAUUUAAUUGAAGGGUUCCUUAAAUCAAGUUAUGUGCCGGGCAGUACAAGCUUAUGGACUCGAAAUGUAUCGUAUUUUCGACUAGACGGUUCGACUUCAUCGCAGGAAAGGGAAAGACUCGUCAAUGAAUUCAAUGCAAAUCGUAACAUUAAGCUGUUCUUAAUAUCUACAAGAGCGGGCUCUUUGGGUAUAAACUUAACUGGCGCAAACAGAGUUAUCAUAUUUGAUGCCAGCUGGAAUCCAUGUCACGACACACAAGCUGUAUAUAGAAUUUAUCGGUAUGGACAAACAAAACAAUGUUUUGUGUACAGAAUUGUAAUGGAUAAAUGCCUUGAAAAGAAAAUUUACGACAGACAAAUUAAAAAGCAAGGAAUGUCAGAUAGAAUUGUUGACGAGUGCAACCCAGAAGCACACUUAUCGAUGAAGGAUAUAACAAAUUUAUGCCACGACUACAGCUCAGAUGACGAACGCGUCGAUAGUGAAAGUCAUAAAUCAGAUGAGGCAGCUCCAUCGACAGUUCCAGCUCCAGCUUCAGCUCCAGCAUCAGCUCCAGCAUCAGCUCCAACUAAAGUAAAAGAUGAAACUAUUAACGCGACAACGCCCCAUUUGGAUCCAAUAAUUAAUACAAUUAUUGAAUUACAUAAGAAUUAUAUCACAAAAGAUCCAUUUCUUCAUGAAAGCUUAUUGGUUGAUCAGAAGGAUCGAAAACUUUCACAAGCUGAAAAGAGACAGGCUCACAGAAGCUAUGAGCUCGAAAAGAAAGCAUCAGUGAAUCAAAAAUUAACAUAUGCCUCAGGGAAAAUGCAAUACAAGAUUGUGAACAACGAUGGCACUGUUGUCACUCGACCUGUCGCAUCGAUUAAACCGCUGCAAACAAAAAAGAAUACAAACACCGUAGUCGGAGGUCGGUCAACACGAUGGAUUCCUGCCGAAGUAUGGCAAAGACAAGGAAUGACAGCUCAAGAAAUGACAUUACCCCUUGAUGUUGUCAUUCCAACGAAUUCGUCUGAAAAAUCAAACAUAAUACUCAAAGCCGGCCAAAGGGUUAUGGUGCUAAAAUCAACAAAAGGAAUAUAUAUGCAGUUGGAUAGUGGCAAGAUAAUUGCAAUCAGAACAACUUCCAAGCGCACAGAUUGCGAUAAUAAAGACAACAAUAAAGAUGACGUAAUUGACAUUACAUCUGACUGUGAUACAGAUAAUCCCAAGCCGAAGACGUCAGAGCCAGACAAACCGAUUGAGAAACCCACGGAGAAAAUCUCAAAUGGCGUGACAGCUAAGGAAUGUCCACAAAAUGAUCCUCCAGAGACUACACCAUUUGCGGCAACAGGAACUUUGGGCGAACUCCAACAACCUAAACCACAAAUACCGCAAACUAAUAGCCAGAAUCAAAGUGUGGAGAGUAAUCCAACAAAUUUGCAUCCGAUGUCGGAAAAUUUAGAAUAUCAAAAGCAACAACCAUUUAAGCAUGAAGGACAAUUGCCUAUUGUUCAACCAUAUAAUAGUUCCAUUAACGUUCAACCGAAUACAUCACAUGCACAAACGACUAUUCCCAAUAAUGAAUUUGCGGAAAAUUCAUAUUUUUCCAGUAAAAACGUUCAACAUUCGUUCCCUCCCCAAUAUUAUAAUUACUAUGACAAUAAGAGCACACCCACAACGCCCGCAAAUUAUCAUCUCAAUAAUUAUAGUCCCUACGGUCAUUUUAACUUUUCUCCUUAUCAUUCCAACUUCCAUUCAGCGCCUGGUUAUAGUGGUAGCUCUGCGGCAUAUAUUAACUCAAAUGUGUUUCCUAGACAACCUUGGAAUUCUGUUGGAAAUCAUCAGACAAGUAAUGAAUCAAUUCGUCAGCAACAAUAUAUGGGUAAUACGUACCCGAUCAAUGAAUGGUCAUCCCAAUAAAGAAUGUAAUCAAAUAUACCAUAUUUCUUUAAAUAA